CUGCAUCUCAACGCACGUGAGCACCGUUGUUCUCAGCUUCACCACAAGCCCUUCUAAAACCCUAUUGGGUCAAACGUCCAAACUUCCCACGCCCUCCGCCCAGUCCCCGGUGACAUGCCGGGCCGCAUGGCGAAUUGCGGCGACUCCGUCGUCCCGUCCCCUCCUGAGGCUCAGGACCCUGUCGUCUACACUCUUCGCCACGGUCUUUCAUCCCCAAUCCACCGCCUCUCCGUCUCUUGGUCCCGCGGCAACACCCUACGUGUAUCGUUUUUCCAGCGGCCGUCGGAAGGAGGCAGUCACAUUGAUACCGAGAGCGAGGUUGGUGGGAAGGUGCUGGAGGUGAAGCUGGGAGCUGGGGAUGGCGAGAUCGACGAUGCUCAAUUACGAAGGAUAACUUAUGGUUCUGUCUCUCCUUUCGCGCUUCUUCAGAGUAGAAAAAACUCAGUGUCGGCCUUGUCAAAAUUGCCGAUGGGUUCGUCUCCUUAUCACGUUGAGUGGUGGGAAUAUGUUAUGGAGUAUAGCAGAGAGAUAAAUUGUCUGCUUGGUAAUACAAGGUUGACCUCUAAUUCAAUAAUUGAAGACGCAAAAACAAUCUUCAAGAAAGUUGAGGAACCAACCUGUUUGAAGGCUGCAUGGGAACUGAUGGAAUUUUUUUAUGCAGACAAGCAAUCUCAAGCCUGGCUACCUGAGCGGCUUGUUGAUUGGUUAGCUGAUUAUGAUAGCCUUCUAUCUGGAACACAAACAACAGUUCAUUCAAAACUUGGGGAAUUUCAAAAAGAACUUGUUGGUUUGCAGGCAGUUGAGGACAGUCCUAAAUAUUGGGAAGGGAUGUCAUCAGCACUAGCAGUUGGUUGGCUGGAGAUUGUGGUGAAAAUGUUGCGCUUGCAUGGAUCUUAUCAACUGGAUCAGCUUGAUUGUCGUGAGACAGAGAAUGGACUGGUAGAAGCAGUUGCCGUUCUCAUUUCAAAAAUGCCACGAAUGCGUCCGGAGAUUGAAACUAGAAGAUUAGGUGAAUGCUUUGAAACCAAGCCUGAUUUUAUCAAGGCAUGGGAGAAAUGGCGAGCACAAAUAACUAAGCUAGAUUGCAGCAGUUUCUGGGUUCAGUGUGAUCACCAUUUGACCAGGGAGGGUUUGAGAAAUAUGCUACAGAUCAUGCUGGGAAAUACCAAUAAUCUUUGCACUGUGACAUAUCAUUGGACAGAGCUGUAUAUUUCUCACUUUUUAUACAUCAAGCCUUUCAUUAUGGGUCUUGAAAGCAUGCAUAGCCUAGCUCAGAAAUGCAUUCAAUUGAAACCCAUUUCCAAUGCCCAUAGAUUGAUGGGACUUCUUAUUGGAAUUCUCGAAGAAAAUACUGAGGUUGUGUUAGCUGAAUGCUCAAGAGGAUUUGGCCCUUGGAUGGUUGCCCAUGCCAUAGAGUUGUUGACUGCAGGAAGCUAUCAAGCAGAGAUUAUUUUGCAUGAAGAGCGUCAUAAUUUGGGGGGAAUCAGUAUAGAGGAGCUUCAUCGACUUGUCUAUGCUCAAGUUUUAUCUUCUCAUUCAUUAACUUGGCAAAUUGCGCCAAUCUAUUUGACAUCAUGCAUGAAGCAGGGAAUGGGGUUAUUGGAAACAUUAUUGCUCAACCAACCAGCUCAACAUAGUCGAAUACUACUUAAGAAUAUAGAGAUUUGUCGCCUAUAUGAACUGGACAGCGUCAGUUCAAGCAUUAUGAAGAUUGCUGGUGUUUACCACUGGAAGCAUGGUAGGAAAGGUUCUGGGGUAUUUUGGCUUCAGCAAGCUCGGGAUGAAUUUCGUCUUAAUAGAAUUGCUCGGAAGUUGUUUGAUUUUGUUGGGAAGUCGAUCUCCGAAGAAAGUUUUAAGCAAUGGGAAGGAUUAAUUGAGUUGUUGGGUUCUGAAUCAAAGGCUGCUGGAGGCCUAGAGUUUCUGCACAAGUAUAGGGAUUUUAAGAAAUCCCUCCAGCAGAUUCAUGAUGGAAAGGCUACUGAUGCUGCAAGGCGAGCUGUAGAAUCCCUUAUAUCACUUAUGAGAAACCCUUCUACACCUCAACGCUUCUGGUUGCCUCUUCUAUAUGAUUCGUUGAAGCUACUUAAUUGGUGGGAACGUCCUCUACUGAAUGUCUCUCAGACAAACGUCCUGUUGAAUAAACUGCAAGAGUUGUCCAUGGCAAGGCUGCGACCAGAUUUCAUUGAAACUGACUUGCCGCCACAGGCCUUAAGCUCCGUAAGGCUCGCCCUUGCUACAAAUCUAGGGCGUGCUAUCCUCGAAGAAUGAGGGUCUGCUUUCCUCUAUGGACACCUCUAUCAAUACAAGCCUGAUGCCUUUAACUUCCACUUUGUCAAAGCCUCAAUUUUUUUCCUUCUCAUUUGCCAUGUCUCACUCCUGUUAAAAAUUGUUUUCAUAUCCAUGUGAAAUCACUUCAUCAUGCGAGUAUACCCAACAUUUUGCCAAAAAACUACAAGCUGGAAUUAUCACUAACUUUUUUCCCCUAACAUAAAUGCUUUGAGCACCUGUUUGUAUUGAGUGAUGUGGCACAGUAAUUAUCACUGAAUGAAACAAAGGUGCUACUGUGGGAGAGAAGUAGCCCCCAAUUAUGCCUGUACUGGUUGUAUUCUUGUUCAUGGGACAAUGAUCGUGUUCUGAAAGUGGUGCAGAAUUACAUGUGGACGUUGACAGACAAGCGGCCAGUGGAGGACUAAUGUACCAAAUGUCUCUGCAGGUCGUCGUGAAGAAUGUAAGCUAUGUAUGCCUUCUAUGCAUAUUCCUUCAGAAUCGUCAUUGGUGCUGCUGUCCAACUGUGUUGUCUGUGAGAUGGCAAUGGUGCCAUGUGCGCACGUCUUGGAAGCACAUCAUCCUUCUGCUUCACCUCUCCAUUCAGCCUGAUGCUAAUUGCAGUUGUGUGAAACCAAUGUUAGAUAGGAGGUUGCGUAUGUCAUGGGACAUGGAAUUAUUGGUAAUGUGUGCACUUUGCUUUAACAGGCUUGUAAAAAUUCGGUGUGGAAGCUAUAAUAAUUAUACAGGUCAAUUUUGUUGAGGUC